GCGCGCAUAACCUCUAAACCAAAGCUGUAAACUUGGCGACAUUCUCGUACUUUGCAUGCGUUUGGACGCUUUCUAAUAAAAAAUUCGUGAUUUAAAUUUUAUAAGUACAUGAAAUUAAUAAAAAAUAAAAGAUGUCCCUCUUUAGAAGAAUUUUCCUUAUCAACAACGGUGUCGGAAGUUAUAACAAUCUUUGGCAAAUGCCCGUUUGUGCGUUACAGCCGUCUUCUAGUAACAUUUACAUAAGCCAGCGAUUUAUCACCAUAAAGGAUAAGAAAAUUUUGAAAAAGCUAGGCAUACCAAUUCCUCCAAAGAAGCCUGCAAAUUCUUACUUACUGUUUAUUCAAGAUCAUAAGGACAAAUACUAUAAAUCAAGUGAGGGUAUGAAGUAUACAGACUUUGUUAAAAAAGUAGCACAGGAAUGGGCGCAAAUUGAUGAAGCUGAAAAAAAGAAUAUGCAAAAGGAAUAUGAAAAACGCAUGAAUGACUAUAUCAAUGAAUUAUUAGAAUAUGAUAAAUCGAUCACCGAGGAACAAAGAAAUCUAGUGGAAAAGGAAAAGAAGAAGGCAGAGCAACGACAUAAUCAAAUUGUACUUAAGAAGAAAUUGGAAGAAUUAGGACGACCAAAGAAACCAAUAUCUGCAUUUGGACUGUACAUAAUGGAUCAUAUGAAAAAAGAGAAUAUCAGCGGCAAUUUAAAAAAGGUGAUGUUAGAAGUAGGGAACAAAUGGAAAAUACUUUCAACGGACGAAAAAAAAAUGUAUACGGAUAAAUAUAAAAAAUUAUGGAAUGAAUAUCAACAUACGUUACUUGAAUGGGAAAAACAAAUGAUAAAGUUGGGCUACACAGACUACAUUCGAAACAAGACCUUAGAACAACUAAUUGAUAAAUCGCCACCAAAGAACACAUAGUUUGGAUUUUGACUACAGUUCCUUAAUAUUUAUGUAAAUUACUAACAAAAAAUAAUCCAUUGAAAUACAAAUUGUCCAAUCCACUGCAUUACUACUAUAAGAUAUUGUGUGACUAUUGUACAACAAACAUGGAGUGCAGCCAAUUCAUAUUCUACCAGAUGAAAGAUGACGUAUGUGAAAUGUGAUAUACAAGUUAAACCUACUUGAUAUAUCAGAAUGUAGUUAUAAUUUUGUAUUUUGUUGUAAUAUAAAUACAACUUGAUUAUCACUAUUAAA